CGAACUCUUGCAUUUCUGAACGCAAAAGUACAAAGAAGCCACGUGUUGGCUUGGGAAAGAAGUUCUCAUGGAUUACGAGUCUAUGGGCGUUGUUCUGUCACUUUUGUGCCACGCGCAGCCCAGUCGUCGUGUGGAACUCUUGCAGCGCUGGCCGAUCGAUCAUACUCGAGCAGCGGAGGAGUCCAACGGGACGAUUGUUCGUGAAGCCUCUGGCUCCCACGCCUCCGUGACCCCUUCCAAUAUUGUUCCCCGCACGCGCAGCGCAGGCACAACCGCAUCGACCCAUAUUUUCUCGUGAUCUCGGCGAUCGAGCGCAGCAUCAAGGCGCCGAGCACCGUACAUCCACCAUGGCGCCUCCCGUCUCGCACACGUAUACCAAGUACGAGACGCGCCGCCGCGAUCCGGACCCUCGCCACGCGGCGCUCCUCGUCAUCGACGUGCAGGCGCACUUCGCGUCGCUGGCCGCGGCGGCCAUGCCGGCCAUCGCCGCCACCGUGGCGCUCUGCCGCGGCGCCGGUAUCCCGGUGGUCUACACCCGUCACAUCGAUCCCGUGCCUCCAAGCCGCCCGCUCGCCGAGUGGUGGCCCGGCGACGGCGACCGCAUCUUGGCAGGGACGCCGGCCGCGGCGCUGCUCCCCGGGGCCGGCCGCAUCGCGGGGGUCGACAUGGAAGUGGAGAAGAGCACGUACAGCGCCUUCGCGGCCGGCACGGGGCUGGAGGAGACGCUGCGCGGGAUGGGCGUCCAGGAGGUGAUCGUGGCGGGCGUGAUGACCAACCUGUGCUGCGAGACCACCGCGCGGGACGCGUUCGUGAGGGGGUUCCGGGUGUUCUUCUCGGCCGACGCCACGGCCACGGCCAGCCCGGACCUGCACGAGGCGACACUCGUUAACAUGGCCUUUGGGUUCGCGUACAUCGUCGACUGCGAGCGGCUCCAGGCGGCAUUUGGGAAGGCAAGUGAAUAGAGAUGCACAGGAGUCAGGCGCAACUUACGUUCACGGGACAUGCUAUGUGGGAUCCGGCUUUGUAUCCCUAGAGUGACCUGAAGUGAAUCAGUGAAGUGCGAAUAGCCGUAAACAUCAUACCCUGAUUUGGUCAAUUUGUUUUCGGAUUUUGUUUGUUUUAGUUUUCCGGACUAGUUGUGCUAUAAACAACCCAAACGGCUUGUUCAUGAAUGCGUGUAACUUUAGGUGUGUCCUGGGCUUCCAUGUCAGCGUAUAUUGUCUGUUCUACCUUUUCCAUUAUCAGUGCGAGGAAUGGACAGUCAGGGAACGAGUCAGAUAGACGAUGAUGAUUACGUUCAAGGAUCAGAACUUAUGGACAAAGUCUUAUUGCU